AUGGAUGUGCUUAGUUGGAAUUGCCGUGGAAUCUGCAAUGAUACAACUACGAGGGCUUUGAAGGAUCUUAUCUCUCAAAACAGACCCCAAAUUGUUUUCCUUUGUGAGACAAAAAUCUCCCGUAUUGAAGAUUUUCAGAAAUUGCAUCGUGCCCUAGGGUUUCAGCGGUAUAAGGAGGUUUUGAGCACUGGUCAAUCUGGAGGAUUAGCUAUGUUCUGGAAUGAUGAAGUCACGGUGAAUGUGAGGACGGUUUCAAAUCAUCAUAUUGACUUGCAGAUUAGAGGGGGACCAGGUGAUUUCAAUGAAAUAUUGAACAGCAGUGAGAAGAUUGUUGGAUCAAUUCAUUCUGAGAGACAGAUGCGGGGAUUUCAUGAAGUGCUAGGGUAUGGGGAUCUUUUGGACCUUGGAUUUACUGGGUCGAUGACAACCUGGUGGAAUUCAUAUACACAGUUACGUCUGGAUAAGGCACAUGAAGAAUGUGAGGAUGUGGUUCAAGAGGGUUGGAGUAUGGAUGUUACCAGUACGCCUAUGUAUGGUGUAAAGAAGAAGAUUGCGCAUACGCGUAUGCACUUGGAUAAAUGGCAGAGGCAAGUGUAUCGGGGCCGCCAGCGACAGAUGAUGGGGGAGCGCGCACGUUUAGAAGAGUUAAUGGAUGUGGCUAGUACAGAAGUGGUGCAAGAUGAGAAGAAACGGUUGAUGAAGCGUCUCCAACGUCUGUUGUCUCAGGAGGAAAUUUUCUGGAAGCAACGCUCUAGAGUCACUUGGUUGAAGGAGGGUGACAGAAAUACUGGAUUUUUUCAUCGUAAGGCGUCGAAUAGGAGGAGGAAGAAUACUUUGAAUGGCUUGUAUGAUGAUAUGGGUGUAUGGUGUGAUGAUGAUGCUGGCAUGGAAAGGGUUGUGUCAUCCUAUUUCUCUAAGAUGUUUACGGCCUCAGAGGUGGAUUAUGAGGCAAUGGAAAUUACCUUAAAUGCUAUGCAGCCUCUAGUUACUCAAGAUAUGAAUGAGUUGUUGUGUGCGGAGUAUACUCAAGAGGAGAUCAAAACUGCUUUGUUUCAAAUGUAUCCUACCAAGUCACCUGGACAGGACGGGAUGCCUCCAAUUUUUUUCCAACACUACUGGGAGAUGAUUGGGCCUGACGUUACAGCAGCAGUCCACAGUUUCUUGCAUUCUGAUUUGAUUUCGCCAUUCCAAAGCGCUUUUGUCCCCGGGCGUUUGAUUACAGAUAAUAUCCUUGUGGCCAAUGAGAUUGCACAUUUUGUGCAUAAUAAACGUGAUGGCAAUGAGGGUUGUAUGGCUUUGAAGCUUGACUUUAGCAAAGCUUAUAAUCAGAUGGAAUGGUUGUUUCUCCGUAAGGUGAUGAUCAGAUUAGGUUUCGCCCAGAAGUGGAUUGAAUUGGUGAUGCAGUGUGUAUCUACAGUCAGAGCAGAGGGAUUUUCAGCUUUGUUACAACAGAAGCAGGCGUUGGUGUUAUUGCCUGGUAUUGAGGGUAAAUUUCUCAGAGGAGCCGGGAAAGAUAUUCUUAUUCGGGUGGUUGCCCAGGCUUUGCCAACUUAUGCCAUGAGUGUUUUUCAGUUAACUAAUGGUUUCUGUGAAGAUUUGGAGCAAAUGUGUGCAAAGUUUUGGUGGGGUAGCACAACGGAUAAGCGGAAGAUCCAUUGGAAGACUUGGAAUGACUUAUAUAAUCCGAGGCAAGCAGGAGGACUGGGAUUCCGUAGUUUGGCUACAUUUAAUUCGACCAUGCUAGCAAAACAGGCUUGGCGAGUUGUCUCAAAUCCAGCAUCUCUUGUGGCGAGGAUUUACAAGGCCAAAUAUUACCCAGAGGGUUCAUUUUGGUCAGCCCCGGUUCAUGCUUCACCAUCGUACUCAUGGCGAAGCAUCGUGUCGACGAGAGAAACUUUGAAGGCCAAUUCUUACUGGCAAAUUGGGGAUGGUUCAAAUGUGAGUAUUUUCUCGGAUUGUUGGGUACUGGACUUGCCUGCUGGAAGACCUGAUGUGAGGUCUAGUUUCGUGGGGAUUGUACACAAGGUUAAUGAGUUGAUUACUGAAACAGGUUAUUGGGAUAUUCCUCUUCUACAAGAGUUAUUUUCUAUGGAGGAGGUGGAGGCUAUCUCAAGGAUACAAUUGAGUCACCAUGUAGUGGAGGAUAGGUUGGUUUGGAGGUUGGCAAAGGAUGGGUUGUUCUCAGUCAAAACUACCUAUAGUAGUUAUGUGUAA